GUUGGUCUGAGAGUACUCUACGCAUGUAACACGAAAAAAUUGGCAGAUCAAUGUACGCAAGGAGGUGACGUGUGUGAGUUGGUGAUUGAUGGUUAUUAUAUAGCAGUGGCGUUGUGCUCUGUUGUUGGCAUCAUUUGGUUCCGAUUAAUUUUCAAUAAAAUCAAAUACUUCCAGAAAAUACCACGGUCAGACUGGAGUGUAUGUAAAAAGUGA